GCGCAUUUUGGUUAGAUGGCGUAUCUAAGAUGUGCCAAGCUCUGGCAGUUCUCAGACUUCUCUCUGGUAAAAUCUAAAAUAAAUAAAAGAAUGGAGAAGAAGACAUUAAAGAAAAUAUAAUAUAACUCAAAAAAGUUAUCCUUAUUGUUUAUGUCAAAUUAAAAAUAUAAGGAUAUCAGAGCAAAUUUAUAUUAUCUCGUUAGUUUAGUCGUACCACUCAUACACACAUUACACAAGCGAUUUAAGUUAGGUUUUACUUCAAAGAUAAAUAUUUCGUAAAUGUAUUUUGCAUUUCUGCAUGUAAAAUGAGUGAUACUAAAGUUACCAUAAAAAGAGGAACAACUAUUUUUACUAGCAAGCCAUUUGCUUAUGUUCUUACCUCGAAAUACAAUACUAUACGUUGUGACAAUUGUCUGAAAAGUGGCAAGUUGUCAAAAUGUUCUGGAUGUCAAUAUGUAUAUUACUGUGACCGUAAUUGUCAGAAAGAAUCUUGGCUAAUACACAAAACAGAAUGUACAAAUUUGAAAAAAAUAUCGCCAAGAGUAGUACCAGAUGCAGCACGGCUCAUGGCACGUAUAAUUAUCAAACUCAAUCAAGGUGGGGCUGAUGAAGUAAGUUAUUACAGUAAAACAAACUUUAGAAAAUUCAAGGAUUUAAUGUCCCAUUAUUCAGAUAUAAAGAAAGACACAAAACGAAUGGAGCAUUUCACUUCAUUGUGUGGAGUUUUACUUGAAUUCCUUGGUGAAACAUUGAUGCCCAAUACUGCAGAGUUGAUAGGCAUUUAUGGUAGAAUAUGUAUCAAUUCCUUCAAUAUAUUAGAUCUUAACAUGAACAGUAUCGGAGUUGGUAUUUAUUUGGGAGCAUCCAUGAUAGAUCACAGUUGCAAACCAAAUGCAGUUGUUGUUUUUGAAGGAACUACUAUUAUUGUCAGAACAUUAGUAGAUCUUCCUUUUCUGGAUUGGUCACAGAUGAAGAUAUCAUAUGUUGAUUUAUUAAAUUCCAAUAAAGAUAGAAGAGAAGAACUACACAAUUUGUACUACUUUUGGUGUAACUGUGAAAAAUGUAAACAAGCAGAUUCUAUAGCUGAGGCAGCUACAUGUCCAAAUUCGUCAUGUGCUUCUCCAUGCUUGAUCGAAGAUGACAAAUGUGAAAAAUGUAGCGUAAAACUAUCAGAGGACUUCAAGAAGUCUUUUCGUGAAGUUACAGAUUUUACUACCCAUCAUUUAGAAAAAAUGAAAACAAUGGCUUAUUUGGACGUUAGUAAAAUAUGCCUGAAAAAACAAAAUGGCAUAUUGCACAGUCUCAAUAUGCAAUACGUGCGCACAUUGGAUACGGCUUUUAUCGCUGCUGUGAAUCUGGAGUAUUGGGAAGAUGCAGAAUUGUACAGUAAAGAGCUUGUAUCAGGAUAUUUAUUGUACUACGGAGAGAUGCAUCCUUUAACUGGAUUACUAUACCUUAUAAUGGGAAAGAUAAAAUUGCAUUUGAGAAAAUUGAAGCAGGCGCUUGAAGUAUUGAAGAAAGCCAGUGCGGUGUUAAUGAUAACGCAUGGUGAUAAGCAUACGGUGGUAAGGGAAGAAUUACGACCUUUGCUCUACCAAGCUAUUAUGGAGGCAACAAACAGUAAUGAUUGCAAUGAUAUUGCAUAGCAAUCUUAAAUUUGUAAUCUUCAGUAAUAAAUUAUUUUCUAAAAUAUACAUAUGUAAUAAUCCAUUAAAAUAUGUUUGUCUAUUA